CAACAACGUUUUUUAGUUUGCAAGUCCGAAAAGGUUCUGUAGCGUCUACACUAAAACCCUACUUGACACCGUUUACCAUUGCAAAAUUUAAUUUGCUAGAAUUGUGCAGUUGACUGCGUUAUUUUGAUUGUGCAUUAUAUUGUGUACUGAAUUGUGCAUUUCAGUUCACUGUUCUUUUGCUAAAAAUGCAGAUAAUUGUGUUGUUUGCCGCUUUGAUAGUUUGCGUUUUAUCUUUGGGUUAUGUUAUUGGUGAAUGUCCAUCCGCUUGCUCUUGCGACACAGAUAGCAGAGGAAGGAAACGGGUUCGCUGCGACAAAGGUGGCCUGACAAUUGGUCCAGCGUUUGACCCGCAAAAACUAGAUAAGGACACUUUGAUCCUGUCUAUCAGUGCUCCAAAGGGUGCAACAAAUCCCAUCACAUUAUUGAAUGCCGACCAUUUUAAGGAUUUAAACUUGGAGGAAAUACAUAUUCGAAAUACUGAUCUGCAGCGUAUUGGUGAUCGUACAUUUUUCUAUCUGUCGCAUUCGCUAAAAGUUCUGGAUCUAACCGGCAACAAGCUGAUGUUCAUACAUGAGAACAAUUUCAGAAAUUUAUCACAGCUGACGCACUUGCAUCUUGAUUACAACCAACUAACGGAUGUACAUUCUGCCACUUUUAAUUAUCAGAAAAUUUUGCAAGUUUUAACGUUAUCUAAUAAUCAAAUCGCCAAUAUUGGAACCCGAUUAUUAUUGGACCAGCAGAAUUUGGAGGUAAUUGAUUUGAGCGGCAACCCCAUCCACGACAUCAUUCCCGGCAGUCAACAAGGCGCCAUUCCGGAGUUGAUGUUCCCGGAUGCUCCGAGACUUCGCCGAGCCAGUUUAGCGCAGACCGGCAUCAAUAGCCUGCCCUACCACGGAAUCGCGCGCGCCUGUAAACGACUGGAAGAAUUGGACGUUUCACGCAACAGUUUCACAACCAUUAGUCCCGGUCAGUUCAACCUCAUAACAAGUUUGCGCCGGCUGAUCCUAGCCGGAAAUCCCCUGACGAGUAUCCAACCCGGUGCCCUAGCAAAUCUGCGAUUGGACUUUCUUGACCUAUCGGCCACUCGUCUACCGCUUCAAGCCAGUUUCUUUGAACGGGCCAUGAUUAAGAGCUUGAGCAUCGCCUCCAACAAUCUGCAGACCAUUGAUGGGGCGGCAUUCAUUCCUAUUGCCACUGAUCUUACCUCGGUGGAUGUCGGCGGAAAUCCGUUGACAUUGAAGGAAAAAAUGUUCGAAUUCUUGCCCAAUCUUAAAGGUAUUUCCCUGCCCAAUAUGCGACUGGCUCGACUUCCAAAGAACUUCCUGGCGUAUAAGCAUCAAAUCAGGUCUCUCAACGUUUCCAACAAUAUGUUUCAAGAACUGGAUGAAGAAAUUUUAAACGCGUUACCGGAUUUGGAGGUCCUGGAUAUAUCACAAAACGAAAUCAAAACUCUACCAAUACAGCUUGCCAGACCGGGAUUAAGGGAACUCUAUGCAAACAAUAAUCAGCUUAAGAAAGUUUCUGAUUACUUUGUUGAUGUCUUCCGAGCUACUUCGUCAAAAAUGAAAGUAUUUCGCGUUUUCGAUAACCCCCUGGAAUGUGAUUGGAGUGUCGGUGGACUGGCUAACUGGGUGGGAACUUCCUCAGGGAGAAUGGCCGUGUGCGGUCCGGAUGCCGGUUACCGAUGUCCAGUUUGUUUUGGCCCAGUGAAUGUUAAAGGUAGAACGAUCGACGAUAUCAGAGUAACGGUUUCCUGAGCUUGUUUGUUUUCUGCUUGUUUAACUAUCGAACUGGAAUAAAAUUUAGAGACGCUCACUG